AUGAAAAUGUUAUUAUGCUUAUUCUUAUAUGCCAUAUUUAUCAAUUGCCUAAUAAAGGAAUUUCAAGCAAGCCAGAAUUAUUUAUUUAUUGAAAUAUUUAGUGAUGAAUGGCUAGAUAUGAAAAUUGAAGUAGCAGAAAACUAAGUUAUAAUGAGUUAAAUAGCAUAAGAAAGUACUCAAUAUUUAUCCAUGUAUUACAAACUCAAAAUUGGAUAAUAAUAUAAAUUAGAUAUUUUUCUAUUUCCAGAAAGUAAUGUUACUAUUCAAGAACUCCCUUAUAAAAAUUGUCCAAAUAAUUGUUCAAAUUAAGGAAUCUGUUAAAAUUUGCAAUGCCACUGUCAAACUAUGGCAGCAGGGUAUAAAAUGCUGAUAUAAAUGUAGAGAUAGAUGCCAAUUUGAAGUUGUUUAACUUUACAAUAGGACUCAGUAUUCUGAAAGUCUAAAACCUCAUUAAACAUUAACUAUUGCAGUCUUUUAUUAACAAUCUCAAUUAAUAGAUGAUUAAAAGUAUUAGUUUAUAUAAUUUUGAGUUAGACAAGAAAUUUCCAAAUUUAGUCAUCUUCUUCUAUAGAUUCAAAGAUUUAUUUACUUUAACCUUUUGAAUAUCCAUAAUCAAAUUUGAUUAAUAGUAAAUUGAUUUAUGAUGGAUAAUUAACAUCAAUUCCAUAAGAAAUUGAUUAUUCUUUUAAUUUUUAAAGAUACCAUAUUGAAGUCAGUUAUUUCUCUUUUGUAUUAGUAUUAAAAAAUAUGAAUUCUUAUAAAUAAGAUAUAGUUAUAAAAUAUUAACUAUUGGAUAAUGAUUAAAAAUUUUAAGAUUUUAUUUUAGUAGCAAUAUUAAGUGUAAUUUCAUUCAUAAUAUUAUUGAUUAUAAUUUAUAUAGUUAGAAGAAGAUGUUAAUAUUUAUCAUAGAGUAAAAUCAUAGAAAAUUAAUAGGAGGAUUGUUCAGAUAAUAUUAUUAUUUAAUUAAUGCCUAUAGUUAAUCCUGUAAAAGAUUAAGAUUGUAUAAUAUGUUUAGAUCCAUUAGAUAAUAGAUUGUGUAGAUAAACACCAUGUAAACAUAUCAUGCAUGAUAACUGUUUAAAAUAAUGGAUUUAAAAAUAAUUGACUUGUCCUUUGUGUAGAGAAACAUUUAAUGAUGUAGAAUAUAUACCCAAAAUCUUUAAGUCAAGAAAUUAAACAUCAAAUACUUUAAUUCUCAGUAAUCAAGGUUAAUCUAUUGUAUAAAGUGAACGUAAUUCUGUUCGUUCUAUGAUCAUUACUCGUACAAGAUAAAGUAGAUUAGCUGUUUUUUAAUGA